AUGCCUAAAGCUUCGAAAUGUCGUGUUCGCGAGUGUUAUAGUGAACAAAAUGUUCGUUCGUUUGCAUUUCCCAAAAAUCGGGAAUUAUUAAAUUUGUGGAAGGAGAAUUUGAGGAUCUCACCCUCAAUGCAAAUGCCAAUGCAUAAUUCAUUUGUAUGCAUUAAGCAUUUUGAGGAGGAUGCCGUAGGACCAAAAUAUCUCAAGAAUGGAGCGGUUCCAACUUUAAACUUGGGCUAUGAUGAUGUUCCACCGAACAAGUGGACCGAAAAAAAGAAAAAAAGGAGCUGCUGUAUCGAGAGCUGCGUGCCUAAGGAUAAAGUUAUACUUUUUGCGUUUCCUAGGGACGAAGAGACCCGUAAGAAUUGGGCCUUGGCUUGCAACGUGCAAGUGUCAAGCACUGACAGGGUUUUUCUUUGCCAACGCCAUUUUGAACCCACAUUGGUUGCAAAAUAUAAACUCUUGAAAGGGGCUUUUCCUUGCUUCAAUUUAGAGCCAGUAAAUAGAAGUCGCUCGCCUAGUGCUGGCUCUGAUUGGGUUUGCCCGCCCGUCACUGCAACUUAUAGUAAGGUAGUUAAGGAAGUAGAAGCAGAUUUAACUCUGGAAGAGUUUGAGAAAUAUUCGAUAUUAGAGGAAAACAGGCAGGCUAGUUAUAGUAAUCAGAUCUGCGUGGACUUAGAAACCACAACCACUCGCGAACGGUUUGCUCAGUCUGCUCGCUAUUAUCAGAGCAACGCGGUCAAAUUAAAUAAACGUAUUGAGGAGCUUGAAAAAGAAAAUAAUGACCUAAAAAAUAAAUAUUCUGAGUUGUUGAAACGUGCAAUAAUUGCGGAAGAAAGUUGUAGCAGCGAUGCUUUAACUUUUGCAAAAAUGAUCGUCAGUACCAAAAAAGGUUGGUAUAAUGAGGACGAAAAGGCAUUGGCACAAAAUUUGAACUAUAUGUCCACUAAAGCAUAUUCUUUUAUGCGUGACGAUCUAGGUUUUUGUUUACCACACAAAUCAUCUCUUUUGCGUUGGCGCCCCAUCAGGUAUGUUGUUCCAGGUUUCGAUGCCAAUGUCGUUAACAAUUUAAGCAAAAUUGCUAGCAAAAUGUCCGGCACAGAACGCAUAUGCAUUUUAUUAUUUGAUGAAAUGAGCAUUAAGCCGGAUCUUACUUAUAAUAACAGUAGGGAUAUAAUUGAUGGAUUGCGAUGCGCGCAACUUCAAGAUGAUGAACUCAAAGUUAUUUUAGAUGUUCUUCGCGAAAAAACCAUUUUCAACGACUAUUUUACGAAAGGUGGCAUUUUGUACAAGCUUGUAGGUGACGACGAAUUAAUUGUUGUACCCACCAACAUGCAAAGGGAAGUUAUCAGAAAAGCACAUGAUAAUGGUCAUUUUGCAGUGAAGAAAACUAUGGAGCUGAUAACCAAAGAUUACUAUUCACCAAAAAUCGAAGAAAAGAUACAACGACACAUUGCCAACUGCAUACCUUGCAUUAUUUCAAACAGAAAACUAGGUAAACAGGAAGGGUUACCUCGUGCGAAUGGACAGAUCGAACGGUUAAAUGCGGUAAUUAGCUCCGUAUUGGCAAAAUUGAGUGCAGACGACCCAUCCAAAUGGUACAAGCACGUCGAAAAAGUACAACAAGCUAUAAACUCAACAUACACAAGGAGUACAAAAACGACGCCUUUUGAAUUGAUGAUAGGGGUAAAAAUGCGAAAGAAAGAAGACAUACAAUUAAAGCAACUCAUCGAAGAUGAAAUGAUUUUACAUUUUCAAGACGAGAGAAACGAGCUAAGACAGAAUGCGAAAAGGGAGAUCCUGAAACUGCAAGCAGAAAACAGAAAAUCGUAUAACCGUAAACGAAAACCAGCAUCGUUAUAUAACCGCGGGGACCUGGUGGCCAUAAAAAGAACUCAGUUCGGGGUAGGUCUUAAGCUGAAACCAAAAUAUCUCGGACCAUACGAAGUAAGAAGCAUCAAAUCAAAUGGCACGUACGAUGUAUUAAAAAUCGGCUUGGGUGACGGGCCAAAAACGACAACUACAUGCGCUGAAUAUAUGAAGCCAUGGUCAAUAUCUUCAGAUGAUGAUAGCAUCGCAUUCGGGCCGAACGCGCAGCAGGAUGGCCGAGUUGUGGGAAUGGUUGACAACAACCCUGGUUGA